AUUUCCCACUUAUAAUUACUCUCCACUUCUCUCUAAUUCACUCCCAAAGACUGAUAAACUACCGCCGGUGACGGAGAAUCAAGAUUUGGAGAAAUGGCCGUCACGCCGGGAUCUAUCUAUGCUGACCACCAUUUCCGGGCACCACCGCCUUCUCCGAUGGCCUCCGGCCGCAAUCCCGACAUCACCCACGACCUCCAGAGCGCUCUCAGAGUCCCCAAACUCGUCCUCCCCGACCGGGUUUUCUCCCGGAAGAAGCUGCUUCAAGAUCCGCCGGAGCUCGACUUCCGGCACCUGGAAUCGAUGGGCCCGGAAACGGCGUUCGAGAUUCUUGACUCUGCGGCGAAAGUUGGGUGCUUUCAGGUUACUAACCAUGGAAUCCCGGGUGAACUGAUCCGGUCAGUUCUUGCCGCCGGUGGCGGCAUUUUCAGCAUUCCGCCGGAGGUGAAGGUGAAGGCGGCACGGUCGCCGGAGAUUCCAUGGGGCUUUGAGGAGGUUCAUGCGGAGGAGGAGGGGGAGAGACAGGGGAGUGAAGAGUUUGUUUGGUGCCAUGAUGAUGCAGACUUUUCCAUGCAAAUGCAGAGAUUUUGGCCUCUCGGAUAUUUGGAUUUCAGAGACAAAAUGGGAAAAUUGUUAGGCGAUGUGGGUGAUAUUUCUGGGAAAAUUAUUGAGCUCUUGGAGAAGAACAUUAACCGAAGGAGACCAUGCCAUGAAGAGAAUAAUCAUGAUGAUGAAGAAGCAGGAAGCUCCAAUAUAUGCUAUGUCCACAAACAAUGGCCUAAUACAGAUCAAAACAGCAGCUAUGAUUAUGAUGUGUUUAGAAUUUUGAUCAGAGGGUGUGAAUUUCCUCAUGCCUUGUCUCUACAUUUUACCAAUGGGUCUUCCACCUUCAAUGUAUACUCCAAGAAAUGUUGGCUCUCUUUCCAGCCCCGGGAAAAUGCUAUAAUUUUUACCGUUGGUGAUAGACUACAGGCAUGGAGUGGUGGAAGGUAUAAUCAUGUGAUAGGAAGGGCAGUCUUUCAAGAACAAAAGGACUGCGGCAUAUCAAUGGCUAUUUUGUAUUCUCCGCCCAAAUAAUCACUACCGAUCAUGGCAUGCAUCCUCCCUCCAACGACUAGCAAGCUAGGGGGCAAGGAGGGCGGGAGGAUCCCCACUAUGGGAUCAAUGAAGUGCUCAAUCAAAUAGAGAAGGUUAAAAAUGAGUUCUCAACAAUCUUUUGUGAUUAACCAAUCACAAAUGGUCAUGUGGCUAUUUAUUUAUUGUCAUGUUUGGUUUUUCACACAGAUUAAGAAAAUGACACUGUAGCAACACUGUUUGGCACUGUAACGACACUGUUUGACACUAUAGCGACACUGUUUGGUACUGUAACAACACUAUUUGACACUGUUUUGCACUGUUUGACAAUGUUUGGUAUAGAUUUGUUUACCAAAUAAGGAAGGUAAAGAAACGAGACAAUUAUUUCGGGACAGACCGAAAAGGAAAGCAGGAC